AGUCCUUUCCAAGUGUUCCUCAUGUCUUCGUUACUGCACAUCACAAUGUGUUGGACAACAAGCAUGAUGCAGCUACAGUUUGGGUGGAAGGAAUCACCACAAACGAUUUCAUUGUUUGUAUGAGAGAAGCAAGAACCUUUGAUGGACGCCAUAAAGACAUCGAUGUGGUUUGGAUGGCAAUGACUGAAGCUCCCCAGACAUGGAAUUAUCACGACUUUAUAAGAGUAGACUUUCCAAACACACUUGUACCAAGCGAGGCUGAUAAUAAUGCGUUUUGCCAGAUUGUGAGUUUCCACGAGCCGUAUUAUGCUCCACCAACAAUCGUUGUUGCUCCUAGUCAUCACUAUGACAGCAGUAAUGCCAAUGCCAUUCGUCCUGAAGACAACUCCAUUGCUGCCUGGAUUGAGGAAACAACACGAACAAAUUUUAAAACAUGUGUAAAAGAYCUUGUUGGGCUGAAGAACAAGCAUCAUCCUAUCGAGGUGGACUAUAUGGUUUUUGGAGAUCUUGAUCCAUGUAUCAACAAGACCUGUGAAUAUUUUGGUGUUUGUCAAGCCAUGUCAGCAAGUGUUGCUCAGUGUGUGUGCGUUACCCAGUGUCCAUCUUACCAAGAUCUCGURUGUGCUUCYAAUGGUCGAACGUUYGAUAACAUGUGCGCUCUGGAAAGAGAAAUCUGUCAAACCAGGGCAAACUAYUCGUACUACAAACCAGGCGCUUGUCAAGGUUUUCCAUUCGACAAAGGAACACAUCACCUCAGCCAUGUUUCAGCAUUUGCCGAGUCUCAUUGUGAAGUUGUCUCUCUCCAGCCCUACGCAUUCUAUCCCGACAAACCCAUCCAUGUCCAAUUAACUGUCAACUACAUYAAUGCKUCACUUCCGGCUAAUGUGCAUGACGCAACAGUCACGUGGUCAGAAAAGGUGAAUCCAGAGAACUUCACUGUGUGUAUGACUAAAACCGGAAGAAAUGAUCAGCCUAGCAAUGACGUGGCAUCAGUUGAUUGGAUAGCAUAUCAGGGCUCUCCUAACGGAGCGGUGACUGGGAAGGAGCGCAUUACACAAUGGUGGACUGGUACCAAAUGUACGACAAUAUCUUUGCCUAGUGGUAAAUUCACGGGUACUCCCACGGUACUAGUCACUCUCGAGCACCAGAGAGAUGGACUCAAACACGAUGCUGCCAGUGUCUGGGUCGARGACAUCASCUCUUCMUCAUUUCAAGUUUGUAUCAGAGAGCUGCAGAACUUUGACGGAAUUCAUGAAGAGAUUGACUUGGWUUGGAUGGCUUUUGAAACGCUCCAUCUUCCGCUUUUCUCGGAACACGGCAGUGUUUUCUUUGCAAAUACGCAUACUCCUUUACAAUCGAACAAAUACGCAUUUUGUAAGGAUGUUAACAUGAAACGAAACUACACAAACCGCCCUUCAGUGUUGAUAACAGCUACACAUAACACCAGUGUUGGCAACGUUAACCCCAAAUGUAAUGGGAUUUCUGCAUGGAUUGAGGACAUUACCUYGAAUACCUUCCGCGUUUGCCUUAAAGAGUUGUACUCGGACCGUUAUGACCCUGUCACCUUACAGUAUGUGGUUGUAUCAGAAAUGUGUGGCAACAAUUGGAGUUAUUUCAAUGGUUUCUGCUACAAGACCAUCUCUUCCUGUGCCUCUUGGAAUGCWGCUCAGUCCAACUGUCUUGAUGUYAACUCCAAUCUGACCAGUGUAACCAGCCAAGAAGAAAACACGUACAUUCAACAUCGUCAUGGCGGCGAYACAGGAUGGAUAGGACUACAAGACAUUGACAGUGAAGGRAACUUUACCUGGAUUGACGGAUCGCCUUUCAACUUUGCUUACUGGGCGAAGAAUCAGCCCAACGGUUACCCUGGCGACCAGGAUUGUGURCAUACUCURGGAUUGCGUCAUGACUACCAUUGGAAUGACGUCACAUGUGGAUCGUGCCACGCGUACACGUGCAAACGAGAUAUUGAUGAGUGUUCAAUAGAAACUAUUUGUCAUGUUGAUGCAAAAUGCACUAAUACAUUUGGCUCGCAUACUUGUCAGUGCAACUCUGGCUAUCUUGGCGACGGCAAAACGUGUUCAGAUAUCAACGAGUGCUCCACUGUUGUCCACACUUGUGAUGCCAAUGCGCAAUGUACUAAUACYCCUGGAUCUUACACUUGUAACUGUCAUCUUGGAUUCAGAGGCGAUGGAAGGAAUUGCUCAGAUAUCGAUGAAUGUUCGUCUGGUUCCCAUAGCUGUAAUGCCUACGCACAAUGUACUAAUGCAGUUGGRACCUACAAUUGUCAAUGUAACCCGGGCUAUCAUGGAGAUGGAUGGGCUUGUUCAGAUAUCGACGAGUGCACGACAGGCUCCCAUUCUUGUGAUGCUAAUGCACAAUGUACGAAUAACGUUGGUUCCCACACUUGUCAGUGUAACCAUGGCUUCCACGGUGAUGGAUUGACGUGCUCAGAUGUUGAUGAAUGCUCAACAGGUGCCCAUACGUGUAAUGUUAAUGCACAAUGUACGAAUACAGCGGGUUCAUAUAAUUGUCAGUGUAACCAAGGUUUUAAUGGAGAUGGACGCACGUGUACAGAUGCCGAUGAAUGUUCGUCCGGUAUCCAUUCUUGUCAUGCAAAUGCACAGUGUACUAAUACUGUUGGAUCUUACACUUGCCGCUGUAACAGUGGAUACCAAGGUGAUGGAUACAGUUGCAAUGCCCGCAAUACCGAUGAAUGUUCGUCCGGAGUCCAUUCUUGUCAUGCAAAUGCACAAUGUACUAAUACUGUUGGAUCUUACACUUGCCGCUGUAACAGUGGAUACCAAGGUGAUGGAUACAGUUGCACAGAUAUCGAUGAAUGUUCGUCUGGUUCCCAUAGCUGUAAUGCCUACGCACAAUGUACUAAUGCAGUUGGAACCUACAAUUGUCAAUGUAACCCGGGCUAUCAUGGAGAUGGAUGGGCUUGUACAGAUAUCGACGAGUGCACGACAGGCUCCCAUUCUUGUGAUGCUAAUGCACAAUGUACGAAUAACGUUGGUUCCCACACUUGUCAGUGUAACCAUGGCUUCCACGGUGAUGGAUUGACGUGCUCAGAUGUUGAUGAAUGCUCAACAGGUGCCCAUACGUGUAAUGUUAAUGCACAAUGUACGAAUACAGCGGGUUCAUAUAAUUGUCAGUGUAACCAAGGUUUUAAUGGAGAUGGACGCACGUGUACAGAUGCCGAUGAAUGUUCGUCCGGUAUCCAUUCUUGUCAUGCAAAUGCACAGUGUACUAAUACUGUUGGAUCUUACACUUGCCGCUGUAACAGUGGAUACCAAGGUGAUGGAUACAGUUGCAAUGCCCGCAGUUCUUGGAAUGAAUACAGUCCAUAUUGGUGUACUCAUAUCUAUCGCUAUGGAGAACAGCUCCAUUUGACCAAGGAUCAGUGCAAGGCAAGGUGCACUGGGAACUGUAAGGGUAUGGAAUGGUGGGUACAGAAUGGCUACUGCGCUUUUUGCAGCGAUCCAUCGAAAAGACAAUUGUACACUAAUACAGCUGAUUUGGCCUACCCUCCUUAUGUGUUGGUCAAACCUUAAAAAUUGAUAUCUUCAAAUAUGUUGAGCCUUCGCGGUUCCCUGCGCCAUCUUAUAAGGUAACCGUUUCUUUGAUUCGAAGUGAUGUUGAGACGACCUACAGUGAGCCUUAACUAGACAAUCAUUCACAAGUAUCUAUCAGUGUAGACUCCUUUGUUGGCAACUCUAUUUAUAACUUCAUUUUAUCUACGAGCAGGUGACCUUUAUUGUGUAUUCGUUCCCAGACUUCCCUGUUAAAAGAGAGAGAAGCCUGGGGAGGAGGCUAAUAUCACUGUAUAGUCUUUGUUUAAAAUAAGUAUUAGUAAAUUCUUUUCUAUCUGUUGAACGCUGAAAAAAUAUAUUCUAGUAAACUACUCAGCGGAGAAGCUUAUAUUUAUGUGAUGAUGAACAAUUAAGAGAAACUGGAUUUUAUAUAGUUUAAUAAACGAUACAUUGGUGAGCCACCAAAGACAACAGCGAAAAUGUAUUGUCAAUGCCCUUGUUUUACUGUGGUUAAGUGGCCGUUUUUUCUAAGUCAAAUUCUGUCAAACUSACUUGCAGAAAUGAGUUACCAUUUACAAAAAGAAAAAGAAAUUGUAUCUCAUGUUUGAGGCAUAAUUGAUAAAAUAUUUGUAAUAAG